UCUACUCGUUGCUUCCGUUCGGCCACGUGUUGGGGACGCGCGAGGAUGAGCGAUCUGCGCUGGUUGUAAGGUCUCGGGUAUGUGGGCAUCCUAAGAUGUCUGAAUUUGACGAUGAAAAUAAGGGCAUCGAACCUGCUGCUUAUGAAAGAAUAGUCCUGAAGAAUGUUUCUGAAUACCAUUAUUUGAAGAUCCAUUUGGAGUUUGAAGAAGCUGGCAUUAGUUUAAAUCCUGUUGAUUUCAAACAACUUAUCAUCUCUGCUUUGAAACGACUCCAUGGUGAGGUUGGUGCUGCAUUACCUGUUGAUGUUUUGACAUAUGAAGAAAAAACAUUGACUGCCAUACUUAGAGUAUCUAAUGCUGGCCUUGUAAAACUGUGGAGUGCUCUAUCACUGCUUGGUUCAUACCAGAACAGAAAAUGUGCCUUUAGGGUGAUACAGACUUCUCCAUUUCUUCUUGCAUUAGCUGGGAACAGCAGAGAAAUGGUGCUCGAUUAAUUAUUCAGUUGCUUAUGGUUUGUAUAACACUAUGAUGCUGAUGGCAUUGCCCAAAUGCAGAUUUUUU